UGGCGGUUCUGCUCACUUGACUGCGGUGAGAUGCUGCAGUUGUGGGGACAAUGGCGCCUUACUUGCUUAAACAGCUACGCUGCGGUGACACUCGUUAUGGAGUAAAGUGAUCGGUCAAAAUCAGAUUUUAAGAUCAAGUCAAUAUCGGAGGAAACCUUUUGACAUAGGAACGCUAAUGUUGUGAGUAGCUGACCAGUGGUGCUCUGCCUUUACUCUAAACUGACAGCUGAAAUCGCUACGCAAACAUAUUGCAAUAUGAUAAUAAACUGCCUUGGCAGUUUAGCCUGUUACCUGUCUGACUAAUCGGCAAACGUUAUUUAACUAGAUAUCUGCAAUAGAGCGAAUGUGUCAUGCCUAAACUAGGGACGCAAAAGCACCGCGAACGGACUAGCCUAGCUAGCUAGGUAGCUAGCUAAGUUAUGGGAUGGAGGGAGCUACCCGUGCCGUUACGUUGAGCUAUCCAUCUUGUUGAUGUGCGAGGAUAACGUUGCCUAAUAAUAUAAAUUAGCUGUGAACCCAAAGAUAACUGAAGUGAUCGUUAGUUACGCCCGUUCCGUUCAAUUAAGUCGUUCGUCGUACUAUUGGACGAGCACGGGAAACGUGUAAGUUAGCUAGCUAAGUACACAGACAGCCCCGAUAUAAUCCAAAUACCUGCACCAAAAAUAAAUGCAUAUUAUGACAACAAUGAUGGAACCUCAGGAAGACGUCCCGGAGGAGGAUAAACCACCUACCCUCCCAACUCUUUCCAGAGAGCGUCUCCCGCUGCAGAAGAGCAGCGUGUGUUCGCGCUCUUACUUCAUGGUUGUUAUGGUUUUCUUCCAUGUUUACAUUAUUAACGUAAUCGCCCUGCUGCUGUAUGUGCACUACAACAACGGUCCCGGAGUCGCAACCAGCACGAGGAGCGAGAGCAGCGAUCACGAUUCACAUCCAGUUCCCAUUCCUCUGUUUCCAGACCACGGAUCCAGCCGGACUAUGCACCUUCCGCGCAUUGAGGGAAUAAGGGUCGGACACAUUCAGAAAGUUUCUCUGGUCCCAAACAAAGUCCAUGAGAUGCGGACUCUGAGCUUGAAGCCUCUGCUUUUUGAGAUCCCAGGGUUCCUGUCCGAAGAGGAGUGCAAUGUGGUGGUGCAGCUGGCUCAGCUGAAGGGCCUGACCGAGAGCCAGGUGAUGGUGCCCGAGGACCAGGAAGAGUUGACCAAGCAGCUGGACCUCAGUCCAGAGGAAAUCUUCAACCUGCUGGACCUCAACCAAGAUGGUCAACUGCAGCUACAAGAGAUUCUCACCCACUCACGCGUGCGGGAUGGGAUCUGGCUCACUCCUGAGAACCUGAGAGAGAUCUACAGUGGGCUCCAGGCAGACCCCGACGGCAACGGCCUGCUCAGCCUGGAGGAGUUUAAGCGGCUGAGCGGGAACGCGUUCCAGCGGUUCCUGCGGCGGCGCGGCGUGAAGAGGAGCCAGCUGGUGAGGAACAGCAGGCACGCCUGGCUGCACCAGGGCCGGGGGGCGCACCACGUCCUGCAGACGCUCAGGAAGAGGUCAGCCCCCGCGCCCAGCUUCUGGAGCUUCUCUCUUCAUCCCCAUGUUCAUUGCGUUACAUUACAGUCAUUUAGCAGACGCUUUUAUCCAAGAGUCACGCUGCUGACUCGACUGCCGUCCUCCUUGGUGGAUCUGAGCGAGCCGCUGCAGGUGGUGAGGUACGAGCGGGGGGGUCAUUACCACGCCCACCACGACAGCGGCCCGGUGUACCCCGAGACCGCCUGCACCCACACCCGUCUGGCGGCCAACAACUCCACCCCCUUUGAGACCUCCUGCCGGUACAUCACGGUGCUGUUCUACCUGAACUCUGUGGAGGGGGGCGGAGAGACCACCUUUCCCGUCGCCGACAACAGGACAUAUGAGGAAGUGUCUCUGAUCCAGAACGAUGUGGACCUUCUGGACACACGAAAACACUGUGACAAGGGCAACCUGAGGGUGCAGCCCACCAAGGGCACGGCAGUGUUCUGGUACAACUACCUGUCUGACGGCAAAGGCUGGGUUGGUGAGCAGGACGAGUACUCCCUGCACGGCGGCUGUGUGGUCACCCGUGGAACCAAGUGGAUCGCCAACAACUGGAUCAACGUGGACCCGGACUACCAGCGCCAGGCCCGGUACCAGCAGAUGCUGUCCCAGCACCAGGGCUCAGAGACCCACAGUACUGAGCAGGACUCUGCCCAGCACAAUGACCUGCACCAGGACCUAUAGCACCUCCCCACAUUUAGCUCCUCCUCCUAAACUCCCCCAACAGCCACACCAAGACCUAUAGCACCUCCCUGAAAAACGGCAACCCAACCUUUCACCUCUCCCUAAUAUACAUGUAGCAGCUCCUCACCCCAAACUUUCCCAAAUGGCCUUCCCAGUUGGCUCUCUCCCUGUCUGUACAAAAGGGGAGGGGUCUGUUUUUAGCAGCUUUGGAACUUUCUUCCCCCUUAGAAACACUGUGAAAUACACAAUGCGCACACACACAGACGCACAUACACACACACACACAUACAGACAGACACACACACUCACACACAGACACGCAGACAGACACGCAUUCACACACAUGUACACACACACACACACACACACACACACACACAGCCCUCGCUGGGAGCAAUGGUAGUUUGGACUGAAGGCCCAUUGGUGAUGCAUUGACUUUGCAUGAAGUGUCCCAGCAACAUCAAAGGCAGGCUUCAUGAAUGACUAGUUCACCUCUGCAUUCACAUUAACCAAAGGAACUAUACUGCACCUUAUUUCUCCCUUCACUAGUGUUGUGUUCUGGGCAAUGUGUUUAUUUUAUGGCUAUGCUCAGGGGUCUGCAUGGAGUGAGUCCUCCUUUCUCACGCACACGUUGUACAUGCAUGCACACGCACACCGACGCAAGCAUGCGCACGCACACACACUCCCUCAUACUUAUGCACAAGGAAGGAACGUGAGACCGUACGGUGUUGGGAUCUGUUCAGGGCUUUGCCCCAAAAAAGCUGCCCGUCUUUGACCUGCCUAAAGAUGCACAGUGUAGUUCAGGGAACAGGUGGGUUUGAGUUUAUGCAACUAUUAAAUAACAAUGAUAAUAAUAAUAAUAAUAAUAAUAAUAAUAAUAAUAAUGGUAAUCUUGUCCUCGGUGUUUUGUUUUUGAAUUUCAUCUUCUCAGCCCUUUAAAUGCCUCCCGCGGGGUGACUUCGCAUGUAGCGCAAUGUUUGCACUGUGGCCCUCUUUGCUGUGAUGUGCAAAAUCGACUCUGUUGCGUGCCAUCCGAACCGCAGCGCCUCCUCUGGUCAAUUUGGCAUCGUCAGUUUCCCUGCGCCGAGCCCCCCAGUCACACUGCUUUCAUAGAUAUUGCACUCGUCUUCAUGUGGAUGCUGUUUUUUUAGAAAGUAACGUUGGAAGUUGUGUCUCCUUUGUGCCCGUUUUAUGCAUUUGACACACAUUUUUUGGCUCUUUGUCUUAGGGCCAUUCACACACACCUGAACUGUGACGCAUGCCUAAACUCUUAGAACACCUAUACUGUAGAUGUGCUUCACUUCGACUCUCGGUAAAGCUCCGACAAAGGUCCCCGGACCGAACGCGUAGGAUAUUCAGUGUGUGUGGAUGUUUUUGUUCUCGUGAGAAUUUAAACUCCCCCGCUCCACCCUGUUCACCCUACAAUUGACUCCUUAGCUUCUAAGGCCUGUUUAGCCGUCACAUUAAUCUAAUGGGCCACUGUCUUUUUAGCUGUACUUGGGAUAGUAUUUGUAAAGUGUUAUUUAUGUACCAUAUUUAUUUAUUUAUUUAUUUAUUUGAUCACACUACUUGUGUUGGUUUGACAAUGCACUUGAAUCACUUUUAUGCGAUACAGAGAAUAAAGAAAAUUGAGUAAUUUAUUAAAUAUAGAGCACAUGCUAUAUAGGUUAAUAAAGGAAAAUAUGUUUUCUGAA